AUGCUGAUUACUCUAGAAUGCGUUAUACUUGCGUUACAGACGGUUGCUGCAGUUCGACUUGCAUUAGAAUCACCUUCUGGAACUUCCAGUCAAUCAAGCAAUAGGCUGUCAAAACGAUCACCUGUUGAAUUGGGUGGUGAUGCUUAUCAAUGUUACACAAUGAAAUUUAAUGUUCACGGAACUGAUUUGAAUUUACGAGUCGAUUCAGCAAUGUCUGAUAUAAUCGUACCACUUCCUAGUUCAAGCAGCGAUAUAGGCUUGGCUCCGCAACACACUCCAAGUGGGGAACCCGUUACUAUAGGUUACAAAGGCAAAGAGUAUAAAGGAGUUACAUCUACAGCCGUUGUGACGAUUCCGGGUACUAGGAUAACUGACAUCAGUUUACCAAUACUAGCAGUUAGAAAACAAUCGGCAGAUCUAGUUGGUAUUAGUUCAAAUUUUGAUGGAGUAUUUGGGUUUGCCUAUUCCUCGUUGUCAAAGCAUCAUCCACCAGCCACUGCGAUGGAUGUUUUGUACACCAGUGAUGUCAUUCCCAGUAACGAGAUUGGCAUUCAACUAUGUCCGUAUGAAAUGAUUUCAGAUAGCUUCAUCAAUAUAGGAAACACGGACGUAACUGCAAAAUGCGGAACGAAUGGAAGAAGUGUUGCAUGGGUACAAUCACCAUCAGACGAUUAUUUUACUGUCAACAUCAAGAGUAUACUAGUCAAUGGCAAACGAGUGGAGCUGCCUGCUGGAUUCCAAAAAAAGGUGGAACAUGGACGUACUUUGUACUCCGUUAUGGAAACAUGCUUUACAUAUAUGCAAUUUCCUAAAGUAGUCGUGGCUGCGUUGGUUGAUGCCAUUGUUGAUAGCAAUGCAAUUGCUAUUGACAUUUUUAAUUUUAAAUACAGGCUCAAUAAUCUGCAGAUUGAAAACCUAUAUUGGAAAAACCAUUUAAUGCCUGAAAAAUACUUUAGUAUCAAUUGGGGCAAGCUGCCGUCGCUUUCGAUUGUAAUGCAUGCUGAAACUCCCGUGACUGAUGACAACUACAACUCUGUUGUAACAAUCAGACUGGGUCCUAGAGACUAUAUACAGAGAGUUGAUUCUAAAAAUUUUGUGUUUGCUAUAAAAGCUGGUCUAAAUGACAAAGCAACUCUUGGCAUGUCAUUUAUGAGCCGACUUGGAUUGACAUUUGAUCGAGCACAUACACGCAUUGGGUUUGGUGCUGGAUGUGGAUGCGAAGUCUCGACUAGCAAAUAUCCUACUAUUUUAAAUAGUGAUCAAGUGCUCUGGCCAUUACCACGUGUUAGAUUGCCUAAACCAACUACUUCAGGUUCAGAUGGCACAUUUAUUCGCAGAAGGAAAUCAAAAACUACACGAUCAAGUAGUCGUACCUGA